UACUUAUUAUUAAUUUAUUAUAUCUACUUAUAUAUUUAUUAUCUACUUAUAUAUACAUAUAGUACUUUACUAAUAUUUAUUGUCUACUUAAUAGUUAAUAUAUACUUACUAUCUUCUUAAAGUAGAUAAUUUGAUAUCUAAUUAUCUACUUUACAUACAUAUAUUAUCUUCUUCCUAUUCAUCAUCAACCAAUCGGCCAAUCCACCAAGGUACUCUUCUCUUCUUUUACACAUUAAUGGCGUUAUAUUCAAGUAGUUAAUUUGUUGCAUUAUUCAUUAAAGUGUACAAGUAGUAAAUUUAGACAUUUUAAUUAAAGUAUAAAACUAGUUAAUUUGUUGCAUUUGUCAUUUAAGUGUACACCUAGUAAAUUUAGACAUUUUAAUUAAAGUAUAAAACUAGUUAAAUUAUUGCAUUAUUCAUUAAAGUGUACAAGUAGUAAAUUUAGACAUUUUAAUUAAAGUAUAAAACUAGUUAAUUUGUUGCAUUUCUCAUUAAAGUGUACACCUAGUAAAUUUAGACAUUUUAAUUAAAGUAUAAAACUAGUUAAGUUAUUGCAUUAUUCAUUAAAGUGUACAAGUAGUAAAUUUAGACAUUUUAAUUAAAGUAUAAAACUAGUUAAUUUGUUGCAUUUCUCAUUAAAGUGUACACCUAGUAAAUUUAGACAUUUUAAUUAAAGUAUAAAACUAGUUAAGUUAUUGCAUUAUUCAUUAAAGUGUACAAGUAGUAAAUUUAGACAUUUUAAUUAAAGUAUAAAACUAGUUAAUUUGUUGCAUUUCUCAUUAAAGUGUACACCUAGUAAAUUUAGACAUUUUAAUUAAAGUAUAAAACUAGUUAAGUUAUUGCAUUUCUCAUUAAAGUGUACACCUAGUAAAUUUAGACAUUUUAAUUAAAGUAUAAAACUAGUUAAUUUGUUGCAUUUCUCAUUAAAGUGUACACCUAGUAAAUUUAGACAUUUUAAUUAAAGUAUAAAACUAGUUAAGUUAUUGCAUUAUUCAUUAAAGUGUACAAGUAGUAAAUUUAGACAUUUUAAUUAAAGUAUAAAACUAGUUAAUUUGUUGCAUUUCUCAUUAAAGUGUACACCUAGUAAAUUUAGACAUUUUAAUUAAAGUAUAAAACUAGUUAAGUUAUUGCAUUUCUCAUUAAAGUGUACACCAAGUAAAUUUAGACAUUUUAAUUAAAGUAUAAAACUAGUUAAUUUGUUGCAUUUCUCAUUAAAGUGUACACCUAGUAAAUUUAGACAUUUUAAUUAAAGUAUAAAACUAGUUAAGUUAUUGCAUUUCUCAUUAAAGUGUACACCUAGUAAAUUUAGACAUAUUAAAAUAUUUGAUAUACUUUUAUAUUUGUUAAGAUGGAGCGCGGUAGACAUUCUUUGGAUAUCGGAAAUCUCCAACGCAACCGAAAGAAGGAGAUUGCGAGAACUCAUCCUAGUUUGCGCAAAAAAAGCGGGCAGUCCGGAUCUUCUUCUCAAAGUGGAUGGGAGGACGAACCGGAAUACCAACGGCGAGAUGGCGAAAGAAUGUCCGACGAGCAACUACAACAACUAUUGGCUCAAAAUCCUCAAUUUUUCCAUCAACGAGACAUCCCGGACGAUAUUCACACCAUUGACGAAGAAGAGCUCGAGGAUGACGAUCUGGAGGAGGACGCGGGGGGCGCCGGGAGUCACGGCACCCCGGAUGAGGAGCAAGCGGCGGAUUACGAGGGUGGUUCAUCUCAAAUAGGUACGAAAUCUAAAUCUCCUAUUAUAGAAAAUAAUUUUAAAAAGUAUAAAGACCCAAGCACCGAGAAAUGGUACGCAAGUUGCAACCAUUGCGAUAAGGUGUACAGUUUGGGAACUUCGGGCAGAUACGGGAGCCUCAAAAGGCAUCUUAUGGGCAAGCACAAGGUGGAGUACGCAAAAAUUGAGAAAGGCAAGGGGAAGCAAUCACAAAUAUCGAGGUUUGCAAAUAACCAACCUUAUGGUAAUUUCUCAUACAAUGAUCAACAAAAUUUGACAGGUAUGGCUAACUUUAUAGUUGAAGAAAAUUUACCUUAUUUGUUUUCUGAAAGUGUUUCUUUUAAAGAGUAUGCACAAACUUGUUUAAAUCCUCAAUUUCGAAGUUAUAGUCGAAAAACGGUUAAAAAAGAAAUUAUAAGGCUUUAUAAGGCGGAAAAGUUGAACUUACAAAUUUUUUUUGCAAACUAUGAUGGACGUGUUACUGUUUGUUCUGACAUAUGGGAGGACACCUAUCAUAAUUUACAUUAUUUGGGUUUGACUGCACAUUAUGUCGAUGAUGAUUGGAAUUUGCAUAAACGUGUUCUUGCUUUUCGUGAAUUUAAUGAUCGUCACACCGCCGAACAUAUUUAUAUUUUGAUUGAGCGUAUUUUAAUUGAGUAUAAUUUGGUUGAUAUAGGUUUUGAUACAGGUUUUGAUAAUGCUACUAAUAAUAUUGCUGCUAUACCUAGAUUGCGUGAAUUGUGUGGUUCUACUACUUUGAUGGGUAGAUUUUUUCAUCAACGAUGUGCAUGCCAUAUAAUAAAUUUAUGUGUGCAGGAUGGUCUAAAAGCGUUGGGAGAUGCUAUGGAGGUAGCGAAGGGGGGGAUUAGACGUAUUUGGGCUAAUGGUCAACUUAGAUUAAAAUGGAAAAAUUAUUUGAAUGAAAGAAAUGUGAAAUAUGUUGCUUUUCCUAAAGAUUUGUCUAUUCGGUGGAAUAGUUCUUAUAAAUUAAUUAGAGUUCUUAUUAGAUAUAAAGAACAUUUUCCUGCUUUUUUAAAAGAAUAUGAUAACUACAUUUUAAACUCCGCUCACAUUGACACUUGCGAAAAAAUUUGUAAUGUUUUGAUAUAUUUUUAAUAAUGCAACUGAAAGUUUUAGUCAUGUUUAUAAACCUACUUCAAACGAAUUUAUGCGUGAACUUGUUAAUCUCGCCGGUGCUUUUAAUGAAUUUCAAAAUGCCGAUUAUGUGAGCUAUUUUUGUACUUUUAUGAAGGAAAAGUUUUUAAAAUAUUAUGCACAUAUUCCACAUAUUUAUGGUAUUGCAUUUAUUCUCGAUCCUCGUUAUCGACUUGGUAAUUUGGAACAAUGUUACAAGUUCUAUUAUGAAUCUUUUUAUGGUGAUUUUCCAAUGUAUGAAGAUAACCCUAUAGAUCCGCAAUCUGAAUACAACGAGGUUAGUAGUUUAUUUUAUUCUUUAUUUAAUGAGUUUCGUGCACAAUAUGGCAACGUGCCCCCUCCCCCAACCCAAACAUCUUCAUCUAAAGGAAAAGGUUUUUUUAAAUCUGCAUUUGGCAAUCUUAUGAAAAAAGCUAAAACAAUGCACACUACUGAACAAAGCACAAUUAAUGAGAUUGCUUUGUAUACUAACUAUGAGGUUGAGUUUGUAGAAAAUGAAGAAUUUGACGUCCUAAAGUGGUGGAAGUCAAAAGAAAGAAAGUUCCCGAUUUUGGCACGGAUGGCUAAGCAAGUACUAUCAAUGCCGGUUUCAACAGUUGCCGUGGAACAAGAAUUUAGUUCGACCGGCAACGUCCUAACUAAAUCGAGAACGUGUUUGAGUGCCGAAUCUCUUGAGACGCUUAUAUGCUACCACGAUUGGUUGAAGGCAAGACGUAGAACUCAAGAACUUAGCCUCAUCCCCUCCCAAGACUUUAUGGAUGAAUCAACCGAUGGUGAUUUUACCUAUGCCGGGGAUUCCGAUUGAUUAGUAUUUUACAAUUUAUUAUUUUAUCCUCAAUUCUCUAUUGUAAUUUGUGAACUUGUAGAUUUGUAGUUCAUAUUUCAAAUCAAUA